AUGGAACAGGUAUGGAAACAAAUACAAGACCAGGAUGAACGCAUCACUGAAAUUUUCCGGAGAGAAGAAAUCGACGAUAUCGAAACGUUCAUGGCACUCAAUGAACAAGAUUUCAAAAGACUCAGCAUGACCACAAAAAUGAUCAAAUUAAUAAUAAAAAUUCAAGAACAACAUCGCGCGAAUUUUGAACCCGAAGAAUGGAUCGAAGAAGAAAUUGUUUUAAACGCGUCCAGGAACGGUUACUUCAUUCCAAAAACUGAACACGUGAACUCGACUAAUCCAUACAUAGAAAUUGACUUGGAGCAGAUCGUUAACAUCGAUACCGUUUUCGGAAAAACCAACGAAGGAUUGGCUAUUAUGGAAGUACUGAAAGAAAACUCACGACCAAACGAAAUGAUCAUUAAAAAAAUUACUAUGCUCCUAUGUGAUUGCUUGCGAUCACUAUUUGGUUGUCGACCAAGCAACUUUUACAAAAAUCAGAUUUCGACAUCCCUUGUGCGAACGUAUUCCAACCUGGCCACUAAAACUGGUGAUGUUCCACAGGCUCUUUGGUUCCAUCCUCACGCAAGGGGAACUAAUCGUCACGCCGGUCGCAUCCAUUACCACAUGGAGUAUCUGGCCAGAAAAUCGGGCGCUGGCGAUUGUAAGGGAGAAAAAUCCAUCCCGUGGAUCCAGAAAAACCCAGCAGAAUAG